UGCGAGUCUAUUUCAUUUAGAUGGCAUUGGCAUCAGGGAGGGACUUCAGGAUCGCGUUGCUGAUUGGCAACCAGACAUAUGAGGAUGAGGAGUCGUUCGGAAAGAUCAAGUAUUGCUACAAUGACGUGAAUGUUGUGGAGACCACCUUGAAAACUACUUGCGGCUUCCAACAUGUCAUCAAGUAUUAUGAUGCAAAGAAGUCGGACUUCGACACUCUUCGAACACAAUUAGCUCGAUGCAUCCAAAGUGCAGAUCGUGAGUUUGUGCUGGUCUACUAUGCUGGUCAUGCUGUCACUAUUGCUGGGCAGGGGUAUUUUAUUCCAGUUGACGCCAAAGGUGGCGAAGUUCGCACAUACCUCAACAUCUAUAAGUUUCUACAACCCUUGCACGACUUGAUUUCCGAACGAAGUUUGCACUGUUCUCGCCUUGCAGCUAAAGAGAUGAGUGCUUACCCUGCCCCUGGAGCUCUUGGAUGCUUGAUCCUUGAUGGGUGCAGGACCCGAGAGCAGGUAGCGGACCCAAAUGAGUUGAAUCAGGAUGAAUUUGUGCAAAAGCUUUCGGCAGGCGGCAAACUGUAUCCGGCCGACUCACAGCUGUGCAUGCUGUUUGAUAUGUUGCUUGCUUGUGAUGAGGGUGCAGAAGCAGCAGAGGAUUUGGAAACAGAGCAUGGUUUCUUGACUGAAGCAUUUCUACAUUGUAUUCAAACACCCGGAAAGACAUUGCCGGAGCUGUUUGAUUUAAUCAGAGCACGGUGCACCGAACGUAGAAGAGGUAAGCAGCGUCCUUGGUUGCAUUCUUCUUCCAAUUCUGCAUCAUUGAUGGUGCUCCAUCAAAUGACACACACGAAGCCUGCCCCUGUGUGUCCUCGGCUCCCGGCAAUCGAGCACAUGUCAUGCCCUGAGUCUGCUGCAGUCUUCCUGAAAACCAUUGUUGACAAUUUCCAAGCUACAAUCAACCGUGAAUCAUUGAAAGAAGAUGGGAUCAACGCAAGUAUCGAGCAAGUGCGUGCAGUUCUAAUGCACUUGCUUCGCUUGCAAGACAAGCUCAAAGAACAGACCUUGAUGAAUGAUGUCAUUCACUCUUUGAGGGGCCUGCAAGAUCUAUUGCCCAAGCAUAGAGCUUUGGCCACUUUGGUCACCGAGGCACGUAGUCGUGUAUGGCUAGAAGCUGCUCGGAGCCGCUUUGAACAGACUGCUCUUCGAAGUGAUGUAGAGCAGUGGAUCCAGGCCAACGCUGAGUUGUUGAAUCACAUUUCUGUUACGGUUGCCUUUGUUGGCCCAACCUCUGCAGGAAAGAGCACGCUCGUCAACUCAUACUUCGGACAGAUUGUUUGUCCCAUGGGAGCCGCCCCAACGUCCCUGCUUCCCAUUGUUUUCACUGCCAAUGGAGCCCACGCAAACGGAUUUCAAGUGAUUCCACGGGGAACUGGACUCACUGAACGCCUGGCAUUGCAAGGCCAAAAGGAAAACCUCACAGCGCACGAAGCACUCGGGAUGAUUGCGGAAUGCUCCUCAUUUUUGAGACAAUUGAUUUUGGAUGGCCAGCUUCGUCUUAAAACAGAACCUGGCUUCAAGUCCUGGCAUAUGGAAGUGCUGGUACCGGGACCGGCAAAAUGCUUUUCCAUUGUGGAUUGCCCCGGGGGUUCAGAGGGGGAAGAGAUUGGGAAAGCGGUGAAUAGCUUGCUGCAGCAUCAGGCACAAGAAGCAUGCCUCAGCGUUCUAGUUGUGAAGUCUGAUGGCCUAGCCCCUCUCUCACAUCAUGUCCAGACUUGCGCCUUCUUUGGCGGCUCCAUUCCCGGCAAGGAUGUCUUCCUGGUUGCCACCCAUGUAGAUAAACAGAACACGCGAGACGACACUGAAAAGUGGCUCAAAACAAAUUUCACAUGCCUGGGAACUGCAUUGAAGAGGAUGUUCUUCCUUGAUUGUAAAAUUGCACUGGCUUAUCAAAUCUGCGAUGCAAGGGACUGGCAAGUGCUGCCUGAGCAUUCCUCUGAGGAGUUUAAACAGGGCAGCGAAGAGAUUGAGCUUUGUGUUGGUGCAGUGUCACCAUCGGUUGAUGUCAGCGUUCCAGUGGAGUACGAACCUGAACGUAAAGAAGUUUGGAAUAAACUUCAGCGGGCUCAUCGCAGGUCUUGUUUGCACAACACAGUGUUCAAAGAUGAGCUGGAAGGCCACGUUGUAAAGACAUGGCCAGAUCUAUUUGUCAACAAGAUCCGCAAUUUGCUGCUCGAUGACCUGGCAGAGCCCUUGGCCAGACUACAGGGAGACGUGAAUGAUUGCAACGUGCUGCAUCAAGAAGCGCUUCACAACAGGGAGGCUAUGCGAGAAUGGCUUGAUAAAAACCAAUGGGUAGCACGCACCCAGCAAGCUUGUCAUGCAGCAGAGAAAGCUGCCAUUGAGCGUAUCGAGUUGUUCUGCAAUGUUCUUGAUGAAGGACCAGGUGAUUGGUUUGACAGAAAAAAGCUCCGCGACUUCUGGGCCCGACUUGCAGAUGUGACCGACAAUGAGCACAUCGCCAACUCCUGCAAGAACUGCAAUUGGGUCCGCAGCAGCAGAAGUGAAAAGAAGAGCUUGAAGUUUGACACGGUGACAGACGCAAUGCCCUUUCUGACAAGUUUUUCAAACUGGGCCAGCAACAUUGCUGAGAAUCAGCUAUCUUUCCAAAUGGAUGAGGUCAUUCAGGAAGCGCGUGCGCGUUUACAUGUGGAAGGCUUGCCCUUCUUAAAGUAUGAGGACAUGAGCAGAAGCUCCAGUACACCAAUUCCCGAAGAUGCCAUUCAGAAGACCAGGCCAGCAGAACGCGCCGUCCCUGCUGCAGCUGCGUCAGCAACUGCUUUAGGCAUCGCUGGGACGACUGGCGCUGCAGGGCCUUUCUUGACAACUGGCGCUGCAGGGCCUUUCUUGACAACUCUUGGUGGUGUGUCGAUUCUGAUGGGCACUGCGAAAUUUGGCGAGCGAUUCGUUGUCGAUGCCUUGAGUGCUUUACGAAGGCAUUUUGAAGGUCAUGACGUUAUGGAGAUUCAGGGCAAAAUUUUACGAAAAGUUGCUGAGAAGGAGAUCAAAAGGGUUGGGAAUGACAUGACAAAUACAGCGAUCGCCAAGCUUGAACGGGCCAAGGAUGCAUUACGUCGCUUGGUGGAGGAUAGAGUUCAAUCAGCUGCAAGUGAAUUGGAGCGAGCGCAAAGUGUCGUGAAAUGUGCCAAGGAUGCCAAAGAGCUCUUGGUGAACUAUCAAGUCUGAUGACAAUUUGCAAGACUCUUCCGCCAAAGAUGCGAGUGCAAGGAAACAAGGCAUUUUCCGCUGCUGUCCGCAUAUCAAUGUCUAUCCAAAAGCA